AUGGGAGCAAAUGGUGGCUCCAGCCCCACCGGCAGUGGGACGGUGGAAGAGAUGAACCUGCUGGAAACAGUCGACAGUCCUGGCCUGGGCUGCAGGCACAGCCUGUACUUCCGCACGGGAGACCCACCCCCCCAGGACCCCACCCUGGCCUGCGAGAGGCACCGGCUGCUGCUCCUGUUGCAUGGCGGCCAGCUGGACCCGACCCCCUUGGACUCCAGAUCCUGCGGGUGCCUGGAUCCAGGAGUCCCCAUCAUUCCAGACCUAGACGGGCCCCAGCCAGCUCGGCAUAUCAAGCAGGAGAGCCCAAGUGAUUUCCAGUACCAGGGGCCACCUGAGUUCCUUGCUCAGAGGAGGAUCAGGGAGACCUCAGGGGUUGGGGCCCCCACCUCCGGCCCACCCCCCGACCUGGACCUCCUAGGUGGCAGUGUCACGGACUCCUCGUCGUCUUACCUGCCGCCACAUGAGCAUGCGGUCUCCCUGGGGGCCCUAGUCCCUGGGGACGGCACCCAGCCCGGGCCCCACCCUCCGGCCUGUCUCCUGAAGAAGCGCAGCCUCUCGAUCCUGCCACCGUCCUCGCCAUCCUCCUCCUCCUCCUCCUUGGGGGGCACCACCAUCUUUGCCGCCGUCCGGGCUUCACGGGCAUCUCUGGUCUCCUGUGUGAACGGCCUGUGGACGGGCUCCUCGGGCGGCCCCCAUCCUGGAGAGGUCAAUGCUCAUCACCCCCACCCACACUGUCACCACGGGGCCCCCAAGCUCCCCCGCCCCCUCCUGGUUCCUCCCUGCAGUCUGCCGCCCCCUCCAGCGUGCCUCGCCCCCAACCCUUCCAGCUGUGAACGUGGGGACCAUGAGCCACCGCCUCUGCAGGUGGGGCAGCAGGGGCGGCCGCAGCCGAUCCAGGACCACUCCGGCCUCGGCUACCUGCCCAAUGGAGCUGCAGGCCACCGGGAAGCCUCACCCGGCAGCCGGAAGGUGGGGUCCCUCAAGCGGGAGCCAGACGACGACUGCUCGGCCGGCCUCGAACCCCUCCGCCCACCUCGGGGCCCGCCCCCUCCCCCCUACCAUCCGCUCCCCAGCUCGCCCCAGCUCCCGGUUCUCCCGCUGGACCCUGGGGCCGGCCAGGCCUGCCACUGGGUGGACUGCGGUGCCGCUUACCCGCGGCAGGACGAGCUCGUGAGGCACAUCGAGAAGACUCAUGUCGACCAGCGCAAGGGUGAGGACUUCACCUGCUUCUGGGCUGGCUGUGUGCGCCGCCACAAGCCCUUCAAUGCCCGCUACAAGCUGCUCAUCCACAUGCGCGUGCACUCCGGCGAGAAGCCCAACAAGUGCAUGUUUGAAGGGUGCAAUAAGGCGUUCUCCCGGCUGGAGAACCUGAAGAUUCACCUGCGCAGCCACACCGGGGAGAAGCCGUACCUGUGCCAGCACCCCGCCUGCCACAAGGCCUUCAGUAACUCCAGUGACCGGGCCAAGCACCAGCGGACACACCUGGACACGAAACCAUAUGCCUGCCAGAUCCCCGGGUGCUCGAAACGCUACACGGACCCAAGCUCCCUUCGCAAGCAUGUCAAGGCGCAUUCGGCCAAGGAGCCACAGGUGCACAAGAAGCUGCAGUUGCAAGCUGACGUGGAGCCUGACGUGCUGACCCGGGGCCUGGGACUGCGGCAGCUCCUCCCACCGGGACCGGUGCCCAGCCUGGAUGGGCCAGGCGUCCAGACCACAGGCCACGAGCUGCUGACUGACCUGUAUCCCACUUCUGGCCCGGCUCUCCAUGGACCAUCCCCUGGGGUCCUGCCAAACUCUCAUGACAUCUCCUCAAGACAUCACCCCCUGGACCCCACCUUGAUGGGCUCCCAGCACCUCCUGGCUGCUAUGCCAGUGGCAGAGAACACCAGCGAAGGGCUCACGCCAAGUAUUCCCUCACCUCAUGUCAGCCCUCUGAAAACACUCGGUCCACCUUCCCUAUUGCAGAAACAUACCCCUCAGCCACCACAAAGCCUCUCUCCAGAUGGGUCCCUCUUCACCGCAGGCCCACGUAAACCUUAUGCUCCGUUCCAGAGCCAGUCGGGUCAGCAAGCACCCCAAGGUUAUCAAGGCAGCUUCCACACGAUCCAAAACUGUUUCCACUACGGAGACCGCUACCGAGCCGUGGGCCCGGCCUCCUGCCCCGAGGUCCUGGCUGCCACCGCUGGAGAACCCCUUGGCUUCACCCCCUUGAGGCCCAACGGUUACCCCGGUCUCAGCACCCAGACAGGCUACGACAGCAUGUCCGACGGCCAGUAUCCAUCUGAGGAAGUCGGCACCGGCAGCGCGGUAGGGCCUGGGUUCUUCCCUAAUGGAGCCUUUGACCAUUGUUUGAUUCCCCUCCCCUCCAUCUACACGGACACCUAAGCAUCAGGACCUCAUUCUCUGCUCCUCCUCCAGCUCGGUCCAGUGCUCCUCCUAGACCUAUGUCCAGGACUUGCCCCUGAGCUGUGUCCAGUGGUCCCCCCAAAGCUGUGUCCAGGGCUCUCCCCAGAGCCGUGUCCAGUGCUCCACCUAGAGCUGUGUCCAGGGGUCGCCUCUGAGG